CUGAGUAUGGAGGACUUCCGGAGGGUGCUGAUGAAGACAGGGCUGGUGCUGGUGGUGCUGGGCCACGUGAGCUUCAUCGCAGCCACUCUCCUCCACGGCACCGUGCUGCGCUACGUGGCUGGCCCGCACGACGCUGUGGCCCUGCAAUACUGCGUGGUCAACAUCCUGUCUGUCACGUCUGCCAUUGUGGUCAUCGUCUCAGGCAUUGCAGCCAUCGUGCUGUCCCGCUACCUGCCCAGUGUCCCCCUGCGCUGGACAGUGUUUAGCUCGAGCAUGGCCUGUGCCCUUCUGUCUCUGACCUGUACUCUGGGCCUCUUGGCCUCGAUCGCCGUGACCUUUGCCACCCAGGGCCGGGCACUGCUGGCCACCUGCACUUUUGGAAGCCCCGAAGUGCUAGUACUGGUGCCCGACUGUCCCUUCGACCCCACACGCAUUUACAGCUCCAGCCUGUGCCUCUGGGGCAUCUCGCUAGUGUUCUGCGUGACCGAGAGUGUGUUUGCCGUGCGCUGCGCCCAGCUCACCCACCAGCUGCUGGAACUGAGGCCCUGGUGGGGGAAAAGCAGUCACCACGUGAUGCAGGAGAGCCCAGAGCCUGUGGAGGGCCAUGACCUGCUAAGCUGCACCAGCUCUGAGCCACUGACCCUCUGAGAGCUGAUGCCCCAUCCAGGCCCCAUGACCACUAGGGCCCCACAACCCAGCCUGUGCUGUGACCAGGCCAGGGUUCCUCGAGCAGACCCCAGCUCACUGGUCACUCGGGGACCCCAGUAGAGCUUUCCACCCCCUCCCUCAGCUACCCAGCCCACUGCACUGAAAUGAGACUUUAUUCCGAAGUUAUUAAAAAGAACAGAGAUGCUCCA